AUGUCAUACCCUCAGUUUGGAUACCCUUACUCUUCUGCACCACAGUUCCUGAUGACCACUAAUUCCCUGACUACUUGCUGUGAGUCCAGCGGCCGGACGUUAGCAGAGUCCGGAGCAGCUGGCUCAGCUCAGACCCCAGUCUAUUGUCCUGUGUACGAGAGCAGGCUUCUGGCCACAGCUAGGCAUGAGCUCAAUUCCGCAGCUGCCUUGGGAGUCUAUGGGAACCCUUACACCGGCACCCAGGGCUACGGAAACUACGUUACCUACGGCACUGAAGCGUCUGCCUUCUAUUCUUUGAAUAGUUUCGACUCGAAAGAUGGGACGGGAUCUGCGCAUGCGGGCAUCACGCAGGCAGCCGCCGCCUACUAUCCUUAUGACCACACGCUCAGCCAGUAUCAAUAUGACAGGUAUGGCACAAUGGACGGGGGAACACGGAGGAAAAAUGCCACCCGGGAAACCACUAGCACCUUGAAGGCCUGGCUACAGGAGCACCGAAAGAACCCCUACCCGACAAAGGGUGAGAAGAUCAUGCUAGCUAUCAUCACUAAGAUGACCCUCACCCAGGUUUCCACCUGGUUCGCUAAUGCCCGCCGGAGGCUCAAGAAAGAGAACAAGAUGACUUGGCCACCUCGAAACAAAUGUUCAGACGAGAAGAGGCCCUACGAAGAGGAAGAAGAGGGAGAGGAAGAGUCCCAGGAAGACCAUCUCAAAAAUGAGAAGAAUGAUGAACGUGUCCGCAAGGAGGAGAAGGAACUCGAGCUAAGUGACUUAGAUGAUUUCGACCCCAUUGAGUCAGAGAGUUCAGAGUGCGAACUGAAGCCGGCCUUCCAGCACCUGGACAGCGGCCACAUGCGGGCGGCCCCGGGAGGCGCAGACUGCCCAGGAGACCCUUGCAAGGAGCCGGCCACCUCUCUCAAAAUGUCGCUUCCUGGAGGCGUCCAGCUGGAGGAAGAUGUGGAGCGAGCCAAGAACUGCCUCAAGAGCGUAGUGGAUGAAUGUGAGCAAGACCUAGUAGUGGGAGGGCGACAGAGGGGUUGCGAUUCUAAAAUGUGCUUCCAGCAGCCGGGGGAGUCCCAGAUUCUGGAGGCCAAGCCCCGGAUCUGGUCCCUAGCUCACACAGCCACUUCUUUGAACCAGACUGAGUACCCAUCCUGCAUGCUGAAGCGCCAAGGACUCUCCACUUCCUCCUCAGCUGCCUCCUCUUCUUCUUCCACUGCCGUCUCGGUUCCCAGCGGCGUCGAUAGGCACCAAGAUUCCCCUGUCACCAGUCUCAGAAACUGGGUUGAUGGGGUCUUUCACGACCCCAUAUUCAGACACAGUACUUUGAACCAGGCCUUGAGUAACACUACCGUGUCCUGGGCUACCACCAAAGGAGCAAUACUGGAAACCGGAUCCCUGGGACGCUCUCUGGGGAACAGCACGGACAUGCUGAAGGGACAUCUGGCAAACUUCCCCCCACACCACCACCACCACGACUCCAAUAAGGAGCUCCUCUCUUUUCCCAAAUCUGGCAGCAAAAUGUUCUGUUCUUAACAGCCCCGCCCCCCACUGGGGCGCAGAAUGUUCUUAUCCUUGGCAGAAGUGGACACAAACUGAAAG